GGCUAAAAGGAACAUACCAGCUCAGUGGCCUAGUGGUAGAGUGAGUGUCUGCCCUGAGACUGGAAGGCUGUGGCUUCAAACCCCAAAGACUCUAAAAAUGGGACCCAUUGCCUCACUGCUUGGCACUCAGCAUUAAGGCUUGGAAUUGGAUCACCGCUGCUGCUCACUGCUCCCCUCCCCCCCCCCCAGGGGAUGGAUCCAAAUCACAUGGGGAUGGCUUCAAUGCAGAGGACACGUCAUCACACCCACGUGUGUGUGUGUGUGUGUGUGUGUGUGUGUGUGUGUGUGAGACGAUCAGUGCGACUUUAACUAAAUAACUUUGUGCCCCUUCAAGCACUGCUCUUUCUUAGUCUUGUCACACUUGUGGACCCCAAAAGUGUUUGGUCGUGGUGUGGAAGGAAGCGGAAUCCUUGAUUUGAACACUCUUUUUGCUACUCAAAUUCAACACGGUAAGAAAUCAUGUGACUUUGAAUUAUGGCGGAAAUCCCGUCAGCGUCCGUGUUUUUGCUGACGUCACCUCACCACCGCGGGCGGGCGCGAGUUGAUGACGUCAAAAGAAGCCAAGGCGCAUGAGAGCCCCAAUCCCGACUCGCCUCGAAGCGACCGCAUUGUGCAAAUGUUGGGCUUCGACGGAAGCCGCUGAAGCGUCUCGCCCGGCCGAGCUUAGCUGCUUUAGCUUAGCUUAGCCUAGCCUAGCCAGGCUUGCUACCCUUGUGAUCGGCCACCGGGCGGCACUCCAGUGGAAGUCGUGUGAAAAUGUGCGCAACAAGGACAGCGGAGUGCAAGGAGGGCAUUUGUGGGGCCGAAGAUGACAAGGAGCGACAAGGGCUCGGCGCCGUUUGCGAGACGCCGCCGCCGCCGCCGCCGCAGCAGCAUCAGCAGCCGCAGCAGCAUCAGCAGCCGCCGCAGCAGCCGCAGCCAAGAGUUCACAGCGCAGGGCCUCUUCGUGUUAAAGAAGAAGAGCAGGAGGAGCACGUCACCAGGUGGCCAUCCGCCGGUGUCCCGCUCAAGAGUGAAGGCGAUGGAGACGAAGGUCCAGGCGGAGGGGCGGAGCCUCCCGGCGGCAGCCAGUCCAGUCGACGACGUGUGACAACGCAAGGUGACGGAGCAUCGUCCCCUGCGGAGGAGGGACUCUCUGCGCCGGUGUCAGGUAGCGAUGACGACGAAGAGGCGGCGGCGGCGGCGGCACGCUCUCCUCACGCUCGGGAGGACCAUGGCUGUGAAGAUGACGCGAGGUGCCGCGCUGACGCCAAACGCUGGCAAUGUUCCCAGUGUGGCAAAACCUACGCCUAUAAGGGCAGUUUGAAACAGCACGUGAGAACGCACACCGGAGUGAAACCUUUUGCAUGCUCACACUGUGGGAAGCGAUUCUCCGAGGCCAAAAUCUUAAAACUGCACACGAGAACGCACACCGGGGAGAAACCUUUUGCGUGCUCACUUUGCGGUCAAAGCUUUUCUCAGAGGGGAACUUUAAGCAGUCACGCGAGGAUACACACCGGAGAGAAACCUUUUGCAUGCGCCUUUUGCAGCAAAAGAUUUUCUCACAAGAGAAGCCUGGCGACACACGCCAGGACCCACACAGGAGAGAAACCCUUUGCCUGUUCGGUUUGCGGCAAAAGAUUUCCCGAGAAGGGAAACUUAAAACGACACACGGGGACGCACGCUAGAGAAAGAUCUUUAGCCUGCUCGGAUUGCGGUCAGAGGUUUGCGCAAAAGGAAGACUUGAAACGACACGCCGGGAUCCACGUUGUCAAGAAACGGUAUACGUGUACAGUUUGCGGCAACACUUUCUUUAAUAAGGGAAAUUUGACAACACACACCAGAAUACACGCUGGGGAGAGAGCUUUUGUCUGAUGUGGCUGGACAAUCAGUCAUUCGUUCGUUCCCGGGAUGGGAGGAGGAGGCCAUUGGACACGUCUGGACCCCUAGCUUUUAGUGGUGGCUGGACCCUCUUCAAAUCUCACACGACGAGCAACCAGCGCUCACGUGACGUGAUGCACCGGGAACGAAAAGGUUGUAGAGCUCAUCUUAAUAAAAUCCAACUCUUCAAACACUGA